AUUGCUUACUUUUAGCUAAAGAAGCACUUGUGAAGAUGAACAGUUGUCGGUUGUGUUUGAAAGACUUUCUUUUACUACAGGAGAGUUUCAACAUUCACACCCUAAAGGAAAAACUACAGCUUGUAUUUUCGUUCGAGAUCACAGCAGGUAAACAGUUUCCCGAGGUAAUAUGUCCCGCAUGUGUCGAGACGGUUUGCCAAUUUUACAAAUACGCUUAUGAAGUUCAGCAAAAUCAAUUAAAGCUCUAUAGUGCGGUUGAGGAUGAGUUGAUGCAGGAUAAACCAUUACAAGUUAUUCCAUCGCCCGAGCAAGUUUUCACCAUGGUAACAGAUUUAAAAACCGAAUCUACGGAUACUAUCGUCCUUAAAGAGGACGAGAAAAACCCAUUAGAAACAGCGCCGAAAGCUGCUAAGUUCGAAAAGAAUUUAAUUAAUCGUUACCUAAACAUGGUUUGUGAUAUCUGUAAAGAGGAUUUGUUUACUUAUCAAAAGCUAGAGGUUCACUUCAAAAAAUAUCACGGUAAACGUUGUUACAUUUCCUGCUGCGGACAAAAAUUAACCAACGAUCAGCUGAUUUCCGAUCAUUUGCGGAAGCACAUGAGUAGGAUAAAAAGGAAGGAUACGUCAACCUCUUGGGAAAAGAGAGUGAUAUUUGCCUUUGGUUCAAUUUUAACGGACUUCAAACGGGAUUUAGAAGGAUAUGAGCCUUUGCCGAAUAUGGAUCUGGCAUUAAAAGGUGAUACCUAUGAACAGCAGAAAAUGUACGAUGUUCAGGACUAUCUAGUGCAAAUAUACUUUUCUUUGAACUGCGAGUUGUGUGGUGCAAAAAUCAAUAAUCAAGAUGAUCGUCGAUUUCAUUUUCGUCAAAAUCACCCAAAAGAGAAGUAUUAUGUAUCCUGCUGUAGCCAGCGUUUUUCUACGAGGAUAAGCAUCAUGCGUCACAUGAAUCGACACUGGAAACAUGUGACCAACAAAAACGUUGCUGGAAAGUCAACUAGUAGUAAGCAUGAUCUGGGAGAUUCAGUCGAACCAGCAUUUCAUAUAAACAAUUUAAAAUGGCAGAGAGAGCUUCAUUCUACUUAUGAUCCGUUGAUAAACGAGUUUCGCGAAGAACUGAUUGCUGGAGGCUUUAAUCCGCCAGUGAAGCCACCGGAAUUCAAAACCGAGGAAGAGCAAAAGUUACUGCACCAAAUGCAAGAUUUUCUGAUUGCAAAGCACAGUCCCUUGAACUGUGAGUUAUGUGGAACGGAGAUAUCUACCUAUUCAGGACGGCGAGAACAUUUUCGUGUGGGUCAUCCGAAACAAAAUUUUUUCAUCCAGUGUUGUGGUAGAAAGCUAAUCGAACGCCGCAAAAUUGUUAUGCACUUAUUGCGUCACAAAAAAGGAUUACCCAUCACCCAAGCACACGCGAUUCGUAAUAUUCCAGCGGAUAUGUAUGAAAAACAUGAACAUGAUGAUGCCAUAAUAGAAGCAUACUACAAGAUGGAUUGCGAGAUUUGUGACUAUACUGGUACUUCCUACCUGGGCCUAAGAGCUCACUUCCAGAAGGAUCAUCGUGAAGAGGGUUUCUUUAUCACCUGUUGCAAUAGGCGUUUCAAAACGAAGUUUCACAUUCUUGAGCACAUCGCCGGUCAUCAAAAACCCGGAGCGGUAAAAUGUGACCAGUGUGAAGCAACCUUUUCAACCGAACGAAAGCUCAAAGCUCACAUGAAUCGAAAACACGUCAGUGAAGAUGAAAAGUUGUACCGAUGCGAUCACUGCGUGGAGUCCUUUGCUACCAAAAAUCUGCUACUGUUACACUCCUACAAGCACGAAAUGGUAACGUGCGACAUCUGCGGGGCGGAAAUGAAACGCUGUUCACUGCGGGUACACAAGAUCAACAUCCACAAGUUGGGAGAGGAAAUCGUCUGUCACGUGUGCGCUAAGGUGUUCCACUCGAAGCACAUGUUCAACAAGCACUACCGUGCCUCUCAUCUGGGAAUCCGCAAGAAGUACAAACGUAAGUCACGGGCAAAGAAAAGGCUACCGGUAGCAGAUGAACCGACUACAGCGGCCCCUCUGACUUACGCGAUUAGUUGUUACGAUUCAAAGUCACUAACUGUUCUGUAGAAUGUGUAAAACAA